AUGCUUCUUUCUACACUUCGCCUCGCCUGUACUGCUCGUAGGACCACGAAUUCUAUUUCAGAAUACGUAUUGAAAAAUGGCAAGAAUAAAUUUUUCGUAAAUCGGAGGAUAGCUAAUUUAGACGGGAACAUAUUGAGGAUAUUUAUUUGGAAAAACACCAUUGUCCCAUCGUUCCUUCAGUUCAUGAAUUUACGUUUUGAUAAAAUGACUUGA